AUGAGUGAAGAAGAGGAGGUACAGGAGAACCUGGUGGGAGAUGACAACAGGGCAGAUAAAGAGGGUCCAAAGGAGCUGCAAGAAAGUAUACAAGAAAGUGAGAAGGCUGAUGAUGAAGAAGAAGAAUGUGGUGACAGUUUUCAUGUUACAUCUACAAACAGUGGCAGCUUAGUUCCCAUGUGUACUAGUAAUGAUAAAUCCAUUGAUGAAGAUAGCUCCAGUAAAUAUGACAACAACAAUGUAGAUGGCGAAGAAUAUAGUGAUAGUUGUCCUAUAUCUGCAAAUAGUGAAAAUUUAGUUGCUGUGCUUACAAAUAAUGAUAAAAGUAGUGACGAAGAUGAUGAUAAAUAUGACAACAGCAGUGAUAAUGAUAAUAAAAAUACUACUAAUGUCCCUAUUAAAUCUGCAAACACUGACAGUUUAGUUGCUUUGUGUACAAAUGAUGGCAAAGCCAGUUAUAAAUAUGAUGCUAAUAAAUAUGAUGAUGAUGAAUGUAGGGGUAGUUUACCUGUUAUGUCUGUGAGUAGUGACAGUUUAGUUGCUAUGUUUACAAAUAAUGAUAAAGCCAGUGAUGAAGAGGAAGCUGAAAAACAUGUCAACAACAAAGAUGAUGAUGAUGAUUUAGAUGAAGAACAUAGUGAUAGCUGUCCUGUUAAAUCUGCCAACAGUGAUGGUUUAGUUGCUGUGUGUGUCAAUAAUUAUAAAGAAAGUGAUGAAGAUGAUGAUGAUGAUGAUGAUGAAUGUAGGGGUAAUUUACCUGUUAUGUCUGUGAGUAGUGACAGUUUAGUUGCUAUGUUUACAAAUAAUGAUAAAGCCAGUGAUGAAGAGGAAGCUGAAAAACAUGUCAACAACAAAGAUGAUGAUGAUGAUUUAGAUGAAGAACAUAGUGAUAGUUGUCCUGUUAAAUCUGCUAACAGUGAUGGUUUAGUUGCUGUGUGUGUCAAUAAUUAUAAAGAAAGUGAUGAAGAUGAUGAUGAUGAUGAUGAUGAAUGUAGGGGUAGUUUACCUGUUAUGUCUGUGAGUAGUGACAGAUUAGUUGCUAUGUUUACAAAUAAUGAUAAAGCCAGUGAUGAAGAGGAAGCCGAAAAACAUGACAAUAACAAAGAUGAUGAUGAUUUAGAUGAAGAACAUAGUGAUAGUUGUCCUGUUAAAUCUGCUAACAGUGAUGGUUUAGUUGCUGUGUGUGUCAAUAGUUAUAAAGCAAGUGGUGAAGAUGAUGCAAAUAGAUAUGACAGCAGCAACGAUGAUGAACAACAAAGCAAUCAUUUUCCUGUUACGUCUGCAAACAGUGACCAUUUAGUUGCUGUAUUAACAAAUAAUAAUACAGCAGGUGAUGAAGGUGAUGAUGAUAACAACGAUGAUGACAUUUGCGGUUCUGAAGUUGAUCCUGAGAAUGACUUCAACAGUUUAACACUAGAAGAGCAACAGAUGACUGACUGCAGCUAUGAGCAGGGGUUGAUAAAUCAAAAGUUAGAGGAGGGCAGUGAUGAAGAGGAGGAAGAUGAUGAUGAAGAUGAAUGUGGUGAAAAUUGCAGUUACUUUGAAGAUUCUGUUGAUGAAGAGUGUGACAUGUGGCCCAAGAAGAUAUACUCUGAUCCAGCCUAUCCAAGUUUGGUCUUUCAAGCUCUCAAUGAGAUGAUGCUCUGCUCUGUCCUCACUGACCUGACCCUGAGCACAGAGGAUGGGGAUACGUUCCAGGGUCAUUCUUUUGUCCUGGCUGCAGUCAGUUCUCUCAUUGAGCAGAGGCUCAAGAAGAAGUCCAGAGAAGACAGUGUAAUCUCUGUUUGUAUGGGUCCUGAGGUGCAUGGUGUGGGGCUGGCUGCAGUGGUAGAGUUUGCCUAUACUGGGGCCAUCACCACAAUGAACAAGUGCAACUUGGCACAGAUUCAGACUGCAGCUGUCAGCCUGGGAGCUCCAAGAAUUCUGGAACUCUGCAAAGAGGAGGAACAGAGAGAAAAACAAAAAGCAGAAAUAAAAAAAGAGGACAAAGAAAGGGUUUCUGCUGAUGAGCAGAUGAAUGUUACUCUGCAGUAUUUAAGACAACUGUGGGCAGAGCGAGUGGGAUGUGACAUAGAGCUUGAAGUAGAAGGAAGAGUUUUUCAUGCUCAUAGGGUGCUCUUGGUGGCUUGCUGUGACUACUUUAGAGGCAUGUUUUCCAGCAAUAUGAGGGAGAGCCAGCAAGAAUCAGUGUCUCUGCUGUUAGUUGGGGCAGCUGAGUUUGAGGCCCUUCUCCACUGCGCCUACAGUGGGGUUCUUGUACUUGGAUGGAGCUGCAUUUUUGAACUCACCUGCACAUCUCUCCAGUUACAGUUUCAGUUUGCCAUAUCACUCUGCCUUAUUUUUCUGCAGAAGGAAAUGGAUGCUUACAGCUGCCUAGAUGUAGCAUCUUUUGCAGAGGCCUAUGGGAUGACCGACUUACUUGAACUUGCUGAAGAUUUUGUCUCAAGGCAUUUUCAAGAAGUAUCACUUACUCCAAAGUUCCAAGAUCUUCCUAAAGAGAAAUUAAAGAAGUACCUGCAAAGUGAUUCCCUCUGCGUUCCCUCAGAGUUACCUGUGUUCAAAGCAGUUAUGUCUUGGAUUGAAGCCUUUCCCAGACAGCGUGCAAAACUUGCCAAGGAGCUGAUGGAAACAAUACAGUUUCCCCUCAUGACAUUUAAGGAAUUCAAAGAAGUCAAGUCCUUAACAUCCUGGCCAAAAACUUGUUCCAAAAACCUAUAUGAGUCUCUCCUAGAGCAGUUCUGCUCCAGUUCUUCAGAUGCACAACCUAACUUCAGGGCCUACCUGCCAAAAGACACUUUAGUACUUGUUGGGGGUGAGAGAACCACUGCUAAUUUCGAAAAACAUAAACCCUGCACAGAAAUGUGGUUUAGCAAUGCCUUUCAGAACCAUGUUGGGCUAGUGAAGAAAGUAGAGUGGAGAAUGUUGGGAAAUUUACCUGAGAAUCCAAGAUUCAGUCACGGAAUAGGGGUAAUGAGGGGGAAGAUGUAUGUAGUUGGUGGACGGCAUUACUAUGGCAAAGCUGAUACCAUGAAAUGUGCCUACAGGUAUGAUCCUAUCCAGAACUCUUGGCAAAGAUUGGCUGAUAUGCAUGAGAGAAGAGGAAGUGUGACUCUGGUUGUCCUGAAUGAAAAAAUAUAUGCCAUUGGUGGAGAGAGAGACUCAGAGGACAAUAUGGAGACUGUCGAGGUCUACUGCCCCAACACAAAUUCUUGGAGGUUUGUCUGCCCACUAGACCAACCUCUGUGUUAUCACGCAGCUAGUGUAUGGAAGGGCGCAAUCUUCAUAUCUGGAGGCUUGAACAGCCAGUGCCAAUGCCAGUUGUCCAUGAUCCUUUACCACCCAGAGAAAGGAUCCACCUACCUGGCUGAGAUGAACCAUGACAGAGCCCAGCACUGCAUGGAGACCCUAGGAGACCAUCUGUAUGUGGCUGGAGGGGUCUCAUGUGGUGCCGGUGGCCACCGGAUAGAUCAAUUAGCCUGUGAGGUGUAUGACCCUGUGGCUAACUCCUGGAGUGCCAUUAUGUCAUUACCAAUGCCUCAUGUAGGGUCAGCAUCAGUGGUCUUAGAAGGGAAGGUCUAUGUAAUCGGAGGGUACUGCCAAGAGUACUACAGAGAUAUCAAAUUAGUUCAUCGAUACGAUCCUGCAACAGAACGCUGGGAAAACAUGGGUGCAACACCAGGCCCAAACAUAUACAUAGCUGCAUGUGUGCUGCACGUACCUUCUCGCCUUAGACAGUAA